AUAUUGAGUAUUGCGUUCGAAUUUGCGGAAUAUUCUCUGCAGCACCAGCUCGCCAACUUCGCCGAAUGUUGGUGGGACCAUUGGGUCCUUGAUGUUCUCAUCUGUAACUGGCUCGGAACCUAUAUUGGAAUGAAGACGUGCCAGUACCUUGAAGUGAAGCACUUCUCCUGGAGAGACGUCAGACCGUUCUCUUUCGCCACCAGCCGCAAAUUCUCAUUCCGGAAGAGGAGGAAUGUCUCUGUGGAUGAACCUGAAGGUAUCGAAGGACAUACACGAGGCGCAUCGAUUGACGAGAUCAAUGUCCCGGCCAAACCCGCAACUCCUAAAAAGACCAAGAGGCCAGGCGCGAUCAGGCGCAAUACGAAGAGGAUGCUUAAGCAGUUCUCCCCUCAUGACUUUACAGCUUUUGAGUGGGGUGGUACCACAUCCUUCACUGCCUAUUUCACCGUUGUGCUACUAUUGUCUGUCUUCUUGGCAGCAGAGCUCAAUCCUUUCUACCUCAAGUUCCUACUGUGGAUGGAGCCAUCUCAUCCGUUUGUGAUUGCCAGAUUGGUUGGUGUCUUCCUAUGCGGUCUCCCGGCAGUAAGAGAACUAUAUCAAUACAUGAAUGACUCGAGACGUGCCGUAAGAAUGGGACAACAUGUUUGGCUCCUUCUCGCUACCAUUAUUACCGAAUUACUCGUGAUUAUUAAGUGGAGCCAAGGGAUCUUUACGGAGCCUAUGCCUGGAUAUAUCAAAGUAUUCUUGUCAACGCUCGCAGUCUUGCUCAUUGCCUAUCCAGCUGGAAAGUGCCGGAGGCAAGGAGAUAUCUCUUGCGACACAAAAGAAAAAGUAUCAAGACCCAAUAGCCCUAAUUCUAGGGAGAAAGAGACUAGCGAUGACUUUUCUUCAUGUUUGAAUGUUACCUCUAAUGGGUCAAUAAGGAAUGCACUCUCAAAUUGCUUUGUUAUUUUCUAUGAACAUUUGACGCCUCCCUCCUUGGACCCUGCGUCUACUUUGAAUAAACCUUGUGACGCCCUGUCAAUUGGUAUUGGGAUAGAGGGGCUAUAUCAGAAGCAGAAUGUCAACGAUACCCUAAAGCUAAAACCACUAUUCUACCAUGUUUGGUCAGCUCACACUGUAAUUACAGCUCAAGCUGCCUUUGGCAUAGACGUGGUGAGGAGAAUAGAGAGUUCAUUCGAUCCUUUCAUUGCCACGCCAAGGAAAGUCGUUGUGGGUGAAAUAGGCAUGACUACUCCAAUCAACGUGCAAUUAGUAGAUGGAAGUGAUGGCUCCCCUAUGGCGGAAGAACCAACUCCGACCCAAGUCCAGUAUAAUGACACCGUCACUGGAUCACCAUUUGAAACCACUAUGACGGUCACAGGGUCUCAGACCGUUACAAAUGUUCCUCGUAGUUCAGGACCGAAGCUGAUAGUUAUAAUGAAAUCCAUAUAUCUAUUCGUCUGUGAUAUCCAUAUUUUAUACCUACAACAGGCAAAUUGCAAGGAUUUCGAAACUGUUACAGGUAGGACUGCCUCCCGGGCCUCGAUUCAAUCGUAUCUGAACCAGUGCGAUAUCGGGGCGCCCUCUUGUACGGAAAUGGAAGUUUAUGUCGGAAUUGGAUCCGAUGAGAGAGUACUUAAAACGAUGAUGUCUCUUGUCGAAGUGAUUGUUAGUGCGGGUACAGUAGUGAAGAGAGCUCAGAGUCCACUCGAUCCCCUUUUGAGCAUGCCCUCUCAAGCUUCAGUCGGACAACCUUUCGAGAUCCAGUUCCAUGUGCCCAACAACGCAUUCUACGAAUAUAAAAUCCUAGUGACGCCUCCCAAUGGUCCCCAGAGUUCCAAUCUAAAAUUCUCCAAUUUCCUUCUACCUGAAGCACCAAUGGAACGAUUUUGUAUUCCAUUUUCGACUGUUACUUCCAACUCCAGUGGGUCGGCUACACCGGAUUCAUCCGGAAUUUGGCAGGUGGCUAUUGAAGCUACUAUAUACUACGGAAAGAAUGGCUACGAAUACCAGGCGAACAAUACGUCGGGUGAGAAAUCAUUCACUGUACCAGUUCAAGUGCAGGUUGUAGAUUCAUCUACACCCCUGAACCCAGCUUCGACAGUGGUACCUGAUCCAACAGAGGUCGAAUUCAACGCAACUGUAACCGGGACUCCAUUCGAAACUACACGUACCUUUGACGGGUCUCAAACGACUACUCAACUGCCACCCAAUUCUAGCUCCCAGAGUUGGGGGGAGGUCGUAAUUGACCGAAGGUGGUCCUUGAGAAUCACCCUGGGUAGCUUGAUACUAUCACUCAUAAUACGGCCUUCAAGCGACAACUUUACUCCUUUCGAGGAAGCCCGCGACAUGUUUGGCCUUUACACGUUGAUCUUGGGGGCAAUUAUGGCCCGUUCGGUCCUCGGUGUCGCCUUAUUAAAACGAGCGCAGAGUCCACUUGACCCCUUUUUGAGUGGACCUUCUCAAGCUCUGGUGGGCAAACGUAUCCCAAUUAGAUAUAUCGUACCGAACCUAGAAGUCCCGACGGAGCGUGUUUGCAUUACGAUAAGGGACUCGCCUGUCAAUACCACCACGUUACCGUUACUUGAUCAAGCAGGGACCUGGCAAGUCGGCCUCAGCGCUCAUUAUUAUUAUGGAUCAAACGUGUAUGAGUACGAGACGGGUGAUACAUCGAAUGGCAAGGCGUGCAUAUCUCCCCCAUACACAAAUGAAACGGCUACAGUUAUUCCAAUUACGGUGCAAGUUAUGAACAUAUCUGUAGACUUUACAGCGACUCAAGCUCCGGAACCAACAAGGGUUGAAUUUAACGAGACCAUUACCGGGACUCCGUUUACUAUUGCAAGCACCCAAACAAAUGCCUCCUCAACACCCAGUUCUGGCCUCUCUAGUUCCCAGGGUGAAGCCAAGCUCGCCAUAAAUCGAAAUUUAACUUGGGGCAUUGUGGUAACCUUGGUUCUAUUGCUCGUGCUCUCCUAG